UCUCUUAAAACCAACGGCCACAAACCCCCAAUCACAGAUUAUCCAAUCUUAGUUUCCCUCGUCAAAUAUAUCUCCCAUCCCUCUCACACAUCAACUCAAAGAACUCUCCGCCACUCCUCACCACCGGCGCACAUUAGCAAACACUGAUGGCAACCGCCACAGCAACCGCAGCCGCCACUUCCUCCUUCAUCGGAACGCGUCUCCGCGACGUGCAUUCCGGUUCGGGUCGGGUUCAAGCGAGGUUCGGAUUCGGAGCGAAGAAAGCCACGAAAAAAGUUGCAAAGGGUUCGGGUCAGGGUACGGACCGGCCGUUGUGGUACCCAGGGGCGAAGGCACCGGAAUGGCUCGACGGAAGCCUAGUCGGUGACUACGGGUUCGACCCGUUCGGGUUGGGGAAACCCGCGGAGUACUUGCAGUUCGAAUUGGAUUCCUUGGAUCAGAACCUAGCGAAGAACGUGGCGGGUGAUGUGAUAGGAACGAGGACGGAGGGUGCGGAUGUUAAAUCGACGCCGUUUCAGCCUUACACAGAGGUUUUUGGGUUGCAGAGGUUCAGAGAAUGCGAGCUUAUUCAUGGAAGGUGGGCCAUGCUUGCCACGCUUGGGGCCCUCACUGUUGAGUGGCUCACCGGUGUUACGUGGCAAGACGCUGGCAAGGUGGAGCUAGUGGAAGGGUCAUCAUAUCUUGGGCAACCACUUCCAUUCUCAAUUAGCACAUUGAUUUGGAUUGAGGUUCUGUUAGUUGGAUACAUUGAGUUCCAGAGGAAUGCUGAGCUUGACCCAGAAAAGAGGUUGUACCCAGGUGGCAAGUACUUUGACCCUCUUGGCUUAGCCGCAGAUCCUGAGAAGAAAGCCACACUUCAAUUGGCAGAAAUCAAGCACGCACGUCUUGCCAUGGUUGCAGCAUUGGGCUUUGCAGUUCAAGCUGCUGCCACUGGCAAGGGCCCACUUAACAAUUGGGCUACCCAUUUGAGUGACCCACUUCACACAACCAUCAUUGACACCUUCUCAUCCUCUUAAGUCUUGUGCCUCCUCAAUAUAUAUUGUGCCUUGUAAAAGUCUCUUCGGCUUGUAAACAUUUUACUUAGCUGGAUUAGUACUUGUGACACUAGUAAUGUGAAUUGGAGAGGCUAAGCAGAAUGCUUCUGCUUGAUGUUUAGUGUUCUAUAAAUGUUAAUUAAGCAACAAAUGAAGGGAAAGGACGAGGCUAAGAAAUACUGAUAAAAUUGAGUUCACUCUAUGUAAGUUAAUGGUAAGAAAAAUAGAUUGAGGCCGUUUUAUAUUUUUAUUUAUAUAUUAAGUUGUGAUUCUACAAAAGCGCUGACUUACUAAAGUGGGUGAGCAAUUGCUUCCUACCCAAUUGAUAAUAUUUCUGGCAUCUAAUACCUCAUUUGACU